AUGGACACUGCUGAAGAACGUCGAGCCGCGCAUAACGCUAGUAGUCGUCGCAGCUAUGCGAAGUACAGUUGUUUUUACGCACCGCGACUUGAUCAACCAAAGACGACGAGACAUCUAAACAGAAGAAGGGCCAAAGAAACGGAAGCAGGCACUCUCGAACCGCUGGACGGUCGACAAGGGGCACGCCCCAUUGAAAUUGAAGUCAACAGCGGUCAGCCACACACCCAGCGCUCUGCAACGCUGACUGAAGCAAUGGACCAGAUUAUUCGCCUCUCCGCAAGAUUCGGGAUACUUACACUGGGUUCACCGCGACGCCACGCCGACAUCAUCUAUCGGGAGUAUCAACGAAGUGUCACUGUUCAUCGCCCCCAAGGCUUCCGCAGUCUCCUGGACGAAGCAGUUCUUGAAAUGUCUUCCCUCGAGCAGUCUCUGCUGGAGCAGAAACGCGUUAUUUUGAAUUCCGCCAGUAGUGGGAAUGAGAUGGAGAAGCUUCACGCGGUACUGGAUCCAGUCCGAAUGUUGGUGGGCUGGUUGGAAGAAAUACAUUUCGAGGCUAUGAUCAGUCCUGUCAAUCUGAGGGCAAAGUAUCUUCGUAGAGAGCUUGCUUUUCUGAAAUAUGAUUGAGGAAGCGGCAUGGAUUUCUUGAAUUACUAAUAGGCACCUCUCCCUCUCUUCGUUAUUCUAGUCUGUGUCUGUUGUAUGCGACGAGUCCAGCCAUACAAGCCAAUCAAUUCAAGUUUGGCAUACGUCUUCCAUGGCCCCUCAGACUGUAGUUCGCUCUCCUGCUUAUUUCGUAGACCUGUCUGCUUGC